AUGGAGCAACCAAGCUCGGUGAAACUGGUGGAGAUUUGCAGGGUGGCUCCAAAACCAGGAGCACAAGUAGAUCUGUUGUCCCUUCCUCUCACCUACUUUGACUCGCUCUGGCUAAGGUUCCCACCCGUACAACGCCUUUACUUCUAUGAAUCAACAUCUUCUUCUUCCACUACUACUACCGAUUCUCUACUUGCCUAUCUCAAAACCUCGCUCUCUCUCACUCUCAAACACUUCGGACCUCUCGCCGGAAACCUAACUUGGCCUCAGGACUCCCCCAGACCCGUUCUCAGCUAUGUCGAAGGCGACGCCGUUUCGCUCACAGUAGCCGAAUCGACCGAUGCUGAUAAUUUCGACCACCUUUCGAGCAACAGCGUCUUUGUCGAAUCCAGAGCUUACCAUCCACUUGUUCCCCAAUUGGAGUCGUCUCACGAACGAGCUGCAGCCAUUGCCUUGCAAAUAACCCUAUUUCCUGGCCGUGGCUUUGCCAUCGGAACAGCCAUGCACCAUGCCAUCCUUGACGGCAAAACAUCAAUCUCGUUUGUUAAGUCGUGGGCUCAUGCAUGCAGCAAACAAGUCGAAAAUGGCGUAUCCGAUAUUGGAUCAGAUGUCUCGUUACCGGAGAAGUUGAAGCCGUUAUAUGACAGAACGGUCAUCCAUAACCCGACCGGGCUCGGACUCGAAUCCAUCUACUUGAAGGAAUGGCAAAACAUGGAUGGCCCCAACAACAGAAGCCUAAAGAUUUGGGAGUUGAAAGCUCCACCAGAUGACUCAGUUCGAGGCAUCUUUGAGUUCACUCGCGGACAUAUACAAACCCUAAGGCAGAUGGUAGUUGAAAAAGUUUCUGAUCUUCAUUUGUCAACGUUUUCUUUAGUGUGUGCUUAUACUUGGGUUUGUUUAGUCAAGGCACAAGAAGUAGACGCCGGAAAAACUUCAUAUCAGGUAUUUAGUGUGGACUGUAGGUCUCGCUUGGACCCUCCGGUACCGGAAAACUAUUUCGGGAACUGCACGAGGGGUGUGCCGGUGUUUGCAGAGGCAAAUGAGUUAUUGGGUGAAGAUGGGUUGGUCGUGGCGGUCACAGCAAUUAGUGAAGCUAUAAAGGGUUUGGACAAGAAUGGGGUUUUGAAGGGGGCCGACGAGGUUUACGUUUCGAAAGUCAAGGACUAUUUUGGGGUUGAGGGAUUCUAUUCUACUGCUGGUUCUCACCGAUUUCAGAUAUAUGAUACCGACUUCGGAUGGGGUAGGCCGACGAAAGUUGAGGUGGUUUCUAUAGAUAGGACCGGAGCAUUUUCAGUGUCGGAUUCCAAGAAUGGUGGUGGAGGUGUAGAGGUCGGGGUGGUUCUGAAGAAACAUGUUAUGGAGGCUUUUGCUUCUCUAUUUGCUAAAGGUUUUGGAAAACACUGA